AAGAAACCAAACAAAAGGAAGAGAAUUUUUGUAAAAUUCCCCCCCUCUCCAUUUCUUUUCUCAUGUUCAGCCACACAGAGAGAGAAGAGAGAGAGAGAGAGGAAACAGCAGUAGGACAAGGGUUUUGAGGAAGAGGGUUUAAGGGCGGAGAAGAAAUGAAGAAAUUGCGCUGGGCAAUGGACGGCGCUUUCUGGGACGUGGACGUGUCGACGCCGGUAACCGUCGACGGCGUUGCGCGGCCGGUGCCCGGGUUCGGUCUGCCGUUGGGUAUGUCGAGAGGGGCAAGACUGUCGAGGCCUAAGCAGAUUGACUUCUUCCAGCGGUUCAUGACCAUGCCCUUUGUCCCCUCCUACUCCGCCGCCAACGGCUUCUCUCUCCACCGCGUUCUCUCUCUUCCCCUUGGUGAACACCGGUUCGUUACUUUGCUCGGUCAGUUCAAUUUGCAGAAGUUUAUAUCCUCUGUCAAAGAGAAUGGAUUGACACCAUCCUCAGAAUCUUCGUGGCUGAAAAGCAUUGGAAGACAAUUUUGCGAAAAAUCCUUUUAUGCCCUAAAUUUCUGUUCAGAGUUCUUGAUAACACCAGAUGAUACGUUGCUUUUAAGCAAAGAAGGGUACGGGGAUGAGAAAAAAGCUCGACAUAAGGCAGUUAUUCAUCACAAGUUUUUGAAUCACAACCUAACAGUGGAGGCAGCAUGCCCAGAACUUUUUGUUGACAACAGUGGUACUUACUGGGAUGUACCAUUCUCAAUGGCUAUAGAUUUGGCUUCAGUUGCUUCUGACUCUGGUGGAAGUUAUCAUUUUUGCCUCAAUCAUAAUGCGGGCCUACCUGAGCAGCAUGGACGUCAAACCACCAGUGGAGCACCCACAACUCUUUUGCCUGGUUUAUCCUUCAAAAGUGCAUUUUCCUUUAAGAAGCAUGUCGACAUUUGGAGAAGCAAAGCUCCCAAGUUGAAACUGGUGCAACCAUUUGACAUACUCUUGUCAAAUCCUCAUAUCACGGCAUCAGGGAUACUUGGUACCGUUGUAACAGCAUGUAUUGGAAAUAACUUGGUCAAAUCACAAAUCGAAGAUAAAUCACUCCCUUUUGAGGGCCUUAGUCUUCAUGCUCCAGGAGUGAAUUCUUCCAUUUUUACUGAUUUAUUUGGAUCGAUCUCACUUUCUGUACAGCAUGGAAACUUCCAGAGGUUAUUCCUAGAUCUUACUCGAGUUUAUGCCCGCAUGGAUUUUCCUUCUGGCUCGAAGUUUUUUUCAGGAGCCACUCAAGUGGCUCAAGAUAUUUAUAAUUCUUGUCAGCCGAGUACGGAAGCAAUUCGAACAAUUUGUCCCAAAGCCACCCUUUCACUUCAGCAGCAGAUUGUUGGACCUUUCAGUUUCCGAGUUGAUUCGGGAGUGUCACUCGAUCUGAAGAACAAUGAAUGGCACGUAAGUGCGGAUGAUCCCGUGUUCGCCAUUGAAUACGCAUUGCAAGUCCUUGGUUCAGCAAAGGCUGUUGCUUGGUGUUCACCGAAGCAGAAAGAAUUUAUGAUAGAGCUUCGUUUUUUCGAGACAUAAACCAUGUUUCUCUAAACUGUGAACAUUUCAGUUUCCUUUUUCCUCCUCCUUUGUUUCACCUGAAAAGCUUUGCGGAGGGCUUUCACCUGUGGCAAAUUGAUGCAGUAACUGGAGUGGUGCUAGUUCUGUUACCUGCAAUCCUGCCUGGGCAGUCUCCGCUUGACUAUUCCUGUUUGAUUUGCUGUAAUGUUGUAUUUUUCAGGGUAGAAAUGAGCAAUGUUGGUUAGCAAUUUGUUGAAUGGAAAUGAGUUGACAAAAAAGACGUGUUUAAAUAUGCCAA